UGUAAAUAAAACAAACAUUAUCAUUCAAGUCAUUUUUCCAUUCAAGCUGAUAAAUCUCUCAAAAUUCUCCAUUUGAGACAUUUGUAUCUUAGUCUGCAGUGCUCUCAUGCCGCAUAGUGAUAUUUUUUCUCAUCUGAGAACAUUGCCUUUCCAUAUCCAAGGGCUCAGUGCCAGUCACAUAUGUCUGAAUGGCCCCCAUGCACCUGUUACUGUGAUGCUCCAUGCAGGUUAUUAUUUCAUUCUGGAUAGAACAACCUUGAGCCUGAAAUGCUCCUUUUCAAUGGCCAAUGCUCACCACAAUGAUGUGCACAACUAUUUGAUACUGAAACAGUUCAAAAUGUAUCUCUGGAUUGUAUUAAUUAGUGAUAGCUCCAUUCCCAACUGUUACAUUCCCCAUGAAAAGAGUCAUUUAAGGAAAUCCAUCAGGAAGUGACACAUGACCUCAUUGACAAGCCACUUAUUGAUCAGCCAGCCAAAACUGCAGCUGUUAGUGGAAAUACACUAGAGUGACCAAUCAGAGUUGAGCGUUUGUAACAGGAAGAUGCCCUGAGGUGCAUUCACGCCAACAUCAGUGACAUCAGACCAUCUAGCAAUGACAUUUCUGCCAAUAAGUCCCAUAUCAAGCCAAGUUCACUUCCUAUCCAUGCAUCCACAACAUAUUUACUCAAGCCCAGAGUGCUUGUGGGUUUCACUGAAAAGAUUUUCUUGGCAAGGUGGAGAUGAUCUCCUUCUGGCUCCUGUUUCUAAAGCUCACGGGAGCUAAGACUGAGCCUGAAGAGGUGGAUAGCCUGGAAGAGAUUGCAGGUUGCUCUCAUCCUGAGAAUCCAGAGCAUACAGAGCUGAAGUCCCUGUCUGAGCCUGUAACCAUGGAGACAAGUGAAAACUCCGGCACAGCAAACAUAAUUGACUGUGAAAUGGAAGUUCUGGAGACUGAGUUACCUGAUAGCAAGGACACAGGAAACAAAGAUGAACAAGUCUGUUAUGAUGCUGACGCUUUAGAGUCCAUUAGUACAAAAGUUGUGGCUGAUAUUUUAGCAGGCUUACCUCCUACGGAGACCAAGGCUGAUGAUCUGGAAAAUGUUUGCAAUCCAAAAGAGGCACUUGUCUUGGAGGAUACUCAAGAAGAACUUUACCACAAUGAGUCAAUUACUUCUUCAAUAUCCGACACUCCUUCAAGUGCUGAGAGCGUAUAUGAGAAUGAAGCCAUGCAUAAGAGGCAAGAUUCACUAAGACAGGAACCAUUGGAGAACAUUGCACCCCAACCAGAUAAUGUUGAAGAUGGAGAUAUGUUAGACCCAUUGGGUAUAGACUCACAAGAAGCCAUCUUAGAAAGUUUUGGAUGUGAGGAUCCAGAAGAAACCAUCCUUGAGCACUACAUCCGAGAGGAAGUUCUGUCAGAUGUCUCCACAGAGUCUUGCCGUGACCCAGACGAACUAGAAGAGUGUCUUCGGGUCGAAAUAGCUGCAGACAGUAAAAAUGAUGAGAAAUGGAGGAGCAUAUUCUCUUCCUCCAUAAAUAAGGAAGAUGAUGAUUCCUACAUUGAAAGCCUUGAGCUGAGUGCACAAGAACUCUUUAUUCAAAAACCUGCAGUACGGAAUACUGAGGACUUUUCAAAGGAAACUGAAGAGCUGGAGGUUCCGCUGGGAGAAGAAGUGCUAGAACAACCGGAGAAUGAGCCAGUUCAGCAACCGCAAGAGAUAUCUUACAGUCCUUCCACACUGUUUCACGGCUUGUCCAAGAUUUCCGAAGACGAUGAGGAGCUUGGACGAGGCUCAGCAACCCACAAGAGCAAUUCAUUUGAUUCUGUCAAAUCCGAUUCCAGCAAAAAGGUGCCGAAAGAUUAUUGUGUGAUUCAGGAAAUGAAAAGCGAGAACGUCAGUACAGAACAUGUGGAUUUCAAAGUUGCUCGCCAACAGUGGCUAGAGAUCGAAGAGCAAACGAAAAACUUGACGCACCAUCCAAGCACACCAACAACUCGAUCUAGCACCUGCCAAGGUAGUCACAGCUUCAUGUAUACGCCAGUUCGCAACAUCGAAAGGCCCAAGAGGGACCUUGAGAGCUUGACGCUUGUAGAGGAUUACGCGCACACCCAGUUCAGCCCUUGCUCUGAGGAUUCAGGUCUGGACGACUCUAGUUACAGAUCACCGUUUGAUGACCCAGAGACCCCAAUUGAGAAGGAGAUUCGCCUAACCAUGGAGCGUGAGGAGAACCUGAGGCGUGAGAGGGGAAUGUCAAAAUCAUACUCCAGUGACUGUGUACAGAUGAGGCCAAGAACUGCCAACUUUAACACUGGAAACCUAUGCCAAGAAGUCGAUGAGAAAAGGAAGAUGUUUGAAGACCAGGAUGAUGAGGAAAGUUUAUCCAAGUCUCUCAAGACGCCUUCUUUCAUCAUCACCUCCUCACCAACCAAGAGCGCACAGAAACAAGACUUGAGCGCCAACAAUGUUAUUAUUCUUGAGCCAGAGCCUUUCCCUCCAAGUCCACGGCAUGGAAAGAUGGUGUCCUCUAAAUCUGCUGACUGGAGACCUGAAGACAACCCUAAUGUCAUCAUUUUGGAGACAUCAAACCUCAUCAUUCGAAGUGCAUCGGAGUUAAACUUGAAUUCUGUCUCUGAGGAAACCCAGGAGAAGAUGUUCCUCAACAACCCGUUUUUCAAGCUGCGGUCCAGGAGUUCGAUAUCUCUAGUUGAUGAGGAGAUUAAGAUGGUGAAGCAGCGAGAAGAGGAACUCAAGCAUCAAAGGGCCAGUAUUUACUCGAAGGAUCACUUCUUGAUGUCUCCAAAUCAUUUGGACAGCUCAUCGUUUACAGAUGAUGUGCCAAUUAAAUGUAAAUCAUCCCCUUCAUCUCCAAUGAGAACAUGCAGAAUGGAUCGUUCAGCUUUGUCAUGUGAUCAUCGAUUUCCUGAACCCUAUACUGGAGGCCGACGUAAAAGUUCCAUGGCGCUGCGCUGGGAGGCAGGGGAGUUUGCGACCAAUGAGUAAAAUUGGACACUGAUCACUU